GUAAGAUCGUACAGUGGUUCGGUUCUUCAGCCAGCAGCGAUAAUGAAACUGAUCUUCGGUUAAACGUUUUAGUCGUGAUCAGAAGGAAAAUCGCGUUUUGGAUGGUGUGUUUAAAGCUUCUCUUCCGCUCGCAGUGCUACUGGUUUCAAAUGACGCCAUCGCUUUAUUUUUACCACGAUGACCUCAUCUCCAAGAUGAAGUUCGGUGACUAGAGAAACUUUACCCGAGUUUAUUUUACCGCUCACUUUCACUUUGAUCUAGUUUAGCCGCACAGAAGAGCACUGCCACUGGGAUCGAGGAAAUGAACGAUCAUUCUUAAAUGCUUCCACUUUCUGACUUGUGGACGUCCGGUAACCACUUGAGCAUGAAGAUGAGAUGCAAGCAGAUGAUGUAAUGGCACUACAGCCCAGGAGAAAAGCGCUCUUUUGUAGCUCUGCUGCAAUGGUUUGAAAAAAGCCAACCUUCUCCUCCCUUUCCAUCCAAGCCUCAAACACAGACAAGUUUGCUGGAAGUGGGCAGAAGUGGUCUCACUGUUUGACAAACACACUGCAUUACCACAUCUGUACUGUCUGAAGCAUGAGCACAUACACGAUGCAAAAAGAAGACAGUGUUUCCUCUCUCCGCGGUGCAUAAGGAGGACAGACAGCUUCCCCCUAUUUUUACUCUUUUUCUUUUUAUCCCUCAUCAUUCAUUCUCUUUUCUCUUUUUUGCCAAACACAACAAGGAUGACUUCAUUGCUUGCUGUCACAAUGGGGUCAUUCUUCUCCUAAGGGGCUUUGCGGUCCACGUCACUGCUCAAGAGGAAGAAAGGAGGAAACAGCGAGAGGGACAAAUAUAUGGAUAUAAAGGUCGUGGAUAUGGCAGAGCGUGCCGGGCCGGAGUCUCUGGCCUCAGUGAAACCUAUCGAGCCAGAAGGCCUUGUGGCCCUGCUGGAGGGGGGACUGGACCGAGUACUUCUAAUUGACAGUAGACCCUUUGUGGAUUAUAACACGUCCCACAUCCUGGAGGCGGUUAACGUGAACUGCUCCAAGCUGAUGAAGAGGAGGCUGCAGCAGGACAAGGUGCAGAUCUCGGAGCUUCUACAGCAUUCGGCCAAGAAAAAGUUGGAACUGCAAGAUCAGGAAGUGGUGGUGUAUGAUCAGAGCUCAUCUGACCCCUCCUCACUGUCAUCAGAAUCCUUUCUGACCGUCUUGUUGGGUAAACUACAGAGAAGUUUUCCAUCCGUCCACCUUCUUUCAGGUGGGUUCACAGAGUUUUCAAAUCUCUUUCCGGGCCUGUGUGAGGGAAAGUGCACGCUAGUGCCCUCCUGUAUCUCACAGCCUUGUCUACCCCUGAACAGCAUCGGUCCAACCCGCAUUCUCCCCCACCUUUACCUAGGCUGCCAGAGAGACGUGCUCAACAAGGAUUUAAUGCAGCAGAACGACAUAGCGUACGUUCUCAACGCCAGUAACACAUGUCCCAAGCCUGACUUCAUUCCAGAGUCCCACUUUCUGCGCGUACCUGUGAACGACAGCUUCUGCGAGAAGAUUCUACCCUGGCUGGACAAAUCAGUGGAGUUUAUAGAGAAAGCAAAGGCGUGUAAUGCUAGAGUGCUUGUGCACUGCCUGGCCGGAAUUUCUCGUUCAGCCACCAUUGCCAUUGCUUACAUCAUGAAGAGGAUGGACAUGUCAUUAGAUGAAGCUUAUAGAUUUGUCAAAGAGAAGAGGCCCACGAUCUCACCCAACUUUAACUUCCUAGGCCAACUGCUAGACUUUGAGAAGAAAAUCAAAAACCCCAUCGAAGUGACAUCUAAAUUCAAGCCGGUUCAGCCUGAGCUGACCGAUGAGCUCAGUCUGCGCCAGGAGAACGAGCUUUGCAGCUCACUCUCAUCCAAUGGGGGUGGAAUGGAGAAAUCCACCUCAGCACCACUAGAGUCUUUAACACUGCCCUGUGUACUGGCCGGGGUUUCUGAGGAGCAGCUUCUUGCCCAGGCUCUGUGCAGCCUGCAGCUAAGCGAAGGAAUAGAGGAUAGUAUGCGACUUAAACGCUCCUUCUCCCUAGACAUCAAGUCAUACGGGGAGCCAAGUAUCGGAGGUGCCUUACAGACAUUGAGUGGUGGAGAUGCUCCAGACUACUAUAAACCCUCCACGUUUAAAGAUCCAGCAGUCAAGCCUUGCCAGUUCUCCCCUGUGCAGGAGGUUUCAGAGCAGUCCACUCCGGAGCAGAGCCCUGACAAGGAGCGGGCUGAUGGUCCCACAACCAGCAGCCCGGCCAACUCCAGCACCAGCAACCAUAACCAAUCCAACAAGUCCCAAUCUACAGCUUUCAAGCCAUCUUAUCCAGCCACUUGCCCCCAGCCACUGCAGCGAAGUGGCAGCAUGGAGGAAACAGCAAGUGCCACUAGUUUUCUGCUUGGACUGUCACGCUCACAGCAGCAUUUGGCCAAAACUGGACUAGGAGCACUAAAAGGCUGGCAUUCUGACAUCCUUUUGGCACCUGUAACCGGAGGCUGGUACCUCUCAUCGGAAUCAGCUCGGUUCUACUCCACGUCAGCGAUAUUUAGCAGUGGAGGCAGCGGAGGAGGUGGUGGCACACAGGCCACUUUUACAGCGACUUACAGCUGCAGUCAGGGUCUGGAGGCUGUAAGGAGGCGUGGCAGGCAGAGGAGCAGCGAACGCGGAGACUCCCGGCGUAGCUGGCACGAGGAAAGCAGUUUCGAGAAGCAGCUGAAGAGACGCAGCUGCCAGAUGGAGUUUGGCGAUGGCAUGACCGAGAGCCGUUCAAGGGAGGAGCUCGGGAAAGUAGGCAGCCAGUCCAGUUUCUCCGGGAGCAUGGAGAUCAUCGAGGUGUCUUGAAUGAAAGAUUUGAAUAUCGCUCUGUGUAACUGAGGUAGCUUUUCCUAAGGGGAAGAUUUCAUGGCUUAUUUUUCUAGGCAGAUUACGUGUUUGUUUUUGGAAGACAAACGGCAAGUAGUGGUGCUUUGUAGAGUUAUUUUUUCAUUACUGACCAAGAAUAUUUUUGUAUUCUUAUAGCUGAAUUUUGCAGGUAAGUACUGUCACUGAAUGCAGCACAAUGAACUCACUGCAUAUCAAUGAUUGACACACAAUCACUUUUUCUUUUUUUAUUUAGUUGAAUUUAAGGGUGAGCCUAUUGUCAUGGGUGGAUCAGUAUCACAUAUUUACCAUGUUUUGAUUUUACUUUGUCUUUUGUGACUUCAGUACUGAAACUUGAGCCUGUGUUGAGCAUUCAUGAAGAUUUCGAUGUGUGCUUUUGACAUGCCACAAAGGGUGCCUAAUUAGCAACCAUGCAGUACCUCACAAAUCCAAAUUAAGGGCUUAUCUUUGUUCUAGUAUUUGCUUUUUUGUCUUCUGUCUAUCGUCUUUAGCUUUCAUCAAUUUAAAUCUCAGGUGUAAUUUUGAACAAGAGGAAAAGAUUUGAAAGAAGUCCCAAAUUUGCCAUGAAAUAUUUAGAUAAUGUCAGUGAAAUUGAACUUUUCUCAUAUGUCCAAUGAUCCAAAACUGGCUCACCACAUCAAAGCAUGAAGAUAAAACCGAGUGUGUGGACUUAACCAAGAUUAGUUAUUAGAGGUUGAAUUGGAGCUGGAAAAAUACCUAGCUGGGAAAGAGGAAGAGACUGGAACUCUGGUUCAAAGACGUUUGCAAUGUGAGCACUUUUGGAAUCAGAGAAGAUUGUCGAGAGAAGAGGACAAACACCUGUAAGACGUUGCACUAAGGUAGUUUCUGAAUGAACAUUAUUAAGAAGUCAUUAUUAAACUUUUGAUGAAAGA